AUGGCAAUACGGAGUUUUGCCCAACCAAGGCGAGCUCCCAAGAAACGACAAACUAGAAGACACCAAAGAGAUUGGGAGAACAUGACUCGGGAUCAACGAGUGGAUUUCGUCAGAGAAGCACCCGAAAAGGAGUUCAACUUUGGAAAGUUUAUGAAUUUGGGUGGGGUUACCGAUAAAACCUCCUUGAGAACUGAACAACUUACUAAUGCAAUUAGAUCGUUUGAUGAGUUACGAAUCUUUCCUACUGUUCGUUAUGCCAUGAAGGAAGAAAUUAGACAUGGGUAUUUGAUGCGAAACACUUAUGUUAAAUCCAAAGAAGAAUUGACUUUGACACCUACUAGUGUCCAAAUUGCAGCAAUUAAAAGAAUUACUCAACCCAGAGUUAAGAAUGUUAAUUCGAAGGAUACAGAUUCAUCUUAUUCUAUUGGAAAUAACGGUGAAAAGAUUUAUAAUGAUUUCAUGAAACAAAAUCAAAUGAGAAAAUUGAAUACAUACUUGCUUGCAGCUGAAACAGGUUCAGGUAAAACUUGGGCAUAUUUGGCCAGUCUUUUAACCAAAUUAAAGGAAAGAGAUUUAGAAACUUACCAAAUUUCGCCUGAAAAGUAUCACCAACUGAAGAAAGCUCAAAUUGUUCGGGCAAUGAUUUUGGUUCCAACUUAUGAGUUGGUUGACCAAAUUUAUCAAACCCUUCAACGUGCAAAUAGUAUCCAAUAUGAUAUUGAGCAAGAUAUCAUCAAGGAUCAAAAAUAUGAUACUGCUUCCAAGGACUUUAUGAGAUUACCUGAUAAUAAUACUAAUCUUGGUUUAAGAAUCUUUAAAUGGGAUAAAAAUGUCCCACCUAAUAAAUUUUUUGAUGCUUGUAAUCAAAGAUUAGAUAUUGUUAUCACCACUCCUGGGAAAAUCACUAGUUUAUCAAAACUUACGAAUUAUGCUCGACCAUUUAGAUAUUUUAAUGGGUUGGAGUUUUGUGUUUUUGAUGAAGCUGAUACUUUACUUGAUGGUUCAUUUGUUGAAGAUACCACUAGCAUUUUAAAAUCUUUAAGACAAUGUCGGGAUCUAGUACUUUGUACUGCAACGGUUCCUAAAGAUGUUGGAAAGUUUAUCAAGCAAACAUUCCCACAAAAUUCUCUUAUUCGAGUUUAUACUAAGGAUGUUCAUAAGAUUCCUCGAAAGAUUGAAGUCAAAUUAAUUGAUUGUUUUGAGAAGCCUUAUAAUGGAUCCAAGAUGAAGGCAUUAGCUCAGUGUAUUUAUGCUAUUCAUAAUGAUGGUACUGAAAAGGGUUAUACCAAAAGAAUCAUAGUGUUUGCCAAUGCUAAGCUGGAGUUAGAAAGUAUUAGAAAUCGAUUAUUAGAUUAUGAUUUCCGAGAGGAAGAUAUUGUUCAAUUAUCAUCCAAUGAUGGUAUUCAAGAUAGGUUAGAACUUAUUCGACCAUUCCUCGAGCCACCAACUAAGAUUGAAGAUGAUUUGGAUAAAAGUCAGAUCAAAGUUAUAUUAACGACCGAUAUAAUGGCUAGAGGUCUAGAUUUCAAAGGAGUUAAGAAUGUGAUUAUAUAUGAUAUCCCCAGGAAUUCUUCUGAUUUAAUGCAUAGAAUCGGAAGAACUGGGAGAAUGAAACAAGGAGGAAGAGUUUUUAUUUUGUUGGAUAAGUCCAAUAGGAAGUCAUGGAUGAAAGGGUUACCUAAAGUGGUAAAGGAAAGCAUUAGAAUGGGAUGA